AACUGAGAGGAAUUGAAAAUGGAAAGUGGGUGGAGCUGGGAUCAAAAGUCACUCAUUGGUGAGCUAAUUCAGGGGAUGGAGCUUACCAAGCAGUUGAAAGCAGAGUUGAGUUCAGCAUCUGCAGAAGAAAGCAGAGGAUCAUUAGUACAUGGGAUUAUAUCUUCAUAUGAUAAGGCUCUUUCGAUACUGAAAUGGAAUGGACCAAUGAGUCAACCUCAAAUGGUAGAAGCAGCUUUUGCUUUGCCAGGCUCUCCAAUUUCUGUUAAUGGAAGUCUUUCUAGUGAUGACUCUGGUAAAGGCCUCAAGGACCCUCAGGACCCCAGAAAAGAAUCAAUGAAGAGAAAGACACAGCCCAGAUGGACAGAACAAGUGAAAGUGAACUCCGAGACGGGAUUCGAAGGACCCCAUGAGGAUGGUUAUAGCUGGAGAAAAUAUGGCCAAAAGGACAUACUUGGUGCAACAUUUCCCAGAAGCUACUAUAGAUGCACUUUCCGCAAUACACAGAAUUGUUGGGCAAUAAAGCAAGUGCAGAGAUCAGAUGAAGAUCAUUCUGUGUUUGACAUUACCUAUCGAGGAAAGCACACUUGUUCCCAAGGAAACUAUUUAGCCCAAUCAUGUCAUUCACCAAAAAUACAAGAAAAGAAGGAAAAUGACCACGACCAUCAUCAGCUGCAGCUUUCGCAAGAGAACUUAUUCAGUAAUCAAACUAUUGAGAACAUCGAAAAGCUCGAAAGCAAGGAAUCUACCUUCUGCUUCGGCUCAACUUCUGCAGGAUGUAAGGACAUUGUAAAUGGUGGCUUUUCACAUUUAGCCAUCGAUACUCACAGCACCUUGGGAAGCUAUACUCAGCCAUUUAUAUCCCCAGCCACAGCUGACUCGAACUACUUCAUUCCAUCGCCAUGCCAUAGGAGCGAUGUAGGAGGGGCUCAUAAUGUACAACAUCCAGAACCUGAUGUUCACGAGAUUUUCUCAGCCAACAGUUCAGCUACCAAAUCCCCUAUCCUGGAUUGGGAUUUUCCAUUUGAUUCAGAGCAGAUCAACUCAAAUUUCCCAUUUAAUGCCCCAGGAUUUUUCUACUAAACCACGGAGGCAUGAGAAUAAAAUUGCAUCCUGGCGAAUAACAAAUCCCACAGAAUAUAGCUUCCAAUCAUACACUAAGACAGAAGAAAGGAAGGUUCUCUCUACCCAGAUUUCAUUUUCUAAAAUGUUAGCGAGGCAGGGUGAUUAGUAAUAUAAUUAGCAGGUUGAUUUUUGGUUCAUUUAUUAGUUUUGAUCCCAAUUGAUUGCAUCAAUAUUAGACUAAGCAUUGCACAUCUUGUUUAAAAUUAGGAAGCUCCAUAACAAUAAUAGUAAUUGAAAAAUAUAUCCUUGUAGUGUAUCGUGCAUUUUCUAUAAUCUAAGAAAGUUACUAUUUAUAUUCGUAGAUUGAGUGAGAUGACAUCUACUUCCUUGUUGGCUUUGAA